UGCCCGAGAGUCCGAGACAGAUCACCUCACAAAGAUAGAAAGGCUCCGCACAAAUACAAAUUCAAAUUUUGAAAAGAGGAGAGAAGCAGGGAAGCAGCCAUGGCGUCUGGAGGAAUCAAAGGCUAUUACAGACAGAGGAAGAGCGGCGUUAGUAAAUCUCCUGCAAAACCCAAAUUGAAACCAAAGUCUUCCGCCAAGAAAUUAUCAAAGGCCGCUGCAACCUUCGGCUCUGAUGGUGCUCAAACGUCCGCCCUCAUCUCUCACGGUUCCCUCGACCUUCAAGGUGAUUAUGAUGAGAAUGAGGAUUUGUUGAGGCAGUUUGACAUGAACAUGGCGUAUGGGCCCUGCAUUGGGAUGGGUCGAUUGGAUCGAUGGGAGCGUGCCAAUAGUCUUGGUUUGGACCCGCCUAAAGAAGUAGGGGAUCUUUUGAAGCGAGGUAAAGUUGGGCUGGAAUGCUUGUGGGAUGGUCGUGUUUAGGAAUUUAGAGGUUGUGUUAAUGAACUAGUGCUAAAGAACAUGUCUGUUGACUGUUUCUGAUGGAUUGUACAGUUACUGGCUGUACUGUGGAUUGCUCUUUUGCGUAUGAAGAACUAAUGUUGGUAAACUAUUUAGAGAAAAGUAUGGAGACGCUUUUAGUUCAAAACUCUCCUAACUUAUGAAUGUAGUUAUUAUGAUUUAAUUUCCAUGAAGUCUAAGCUUUGUCUAGUGUUAAACA